CUUUAUUUCAUAGGUCCUCAUGGUUGUAUGGCAGCGAAGCAUCAGUUCAGAUGGCUGAUGUACUGCUGUUGAUGAUGAUGAAUACCUCAUAGCACCUUAUCGAUUCAUGGCUCAAUGAUCUGUUCAUGAAGGCACACUCAUGGAAUUUUCUUAUUGUCACAGUCCCAUUCGAACUUGAGCUUAUCUGCUUUUUGGGUUUUACACUGCUCUAUUCCACUUUAGGCUACGAUAUACUUCGGCAUAUACACCUCGGUCAUUCCGAUCACCUUGACUUCUUCUUAGCAACGUCCAAAAGUCUGUUAACUACCUGUGUCAGUUUAAGUGAACCUGCUUACUCUUGUUCGCUUUUUCCCCACGCUUCCGAGUAUCACAAAUUCUGGUCUGCACCUACCGUCUCUUUCCUCUGGUUCCCUCUAUCCCUUAAUCAAUUCUUAUUGAUUCAGCUGCUUUUGGGUUUUUUACUCAUCCACGGCAUUUACGCAUGACCGAAGGUAGUCUCACGGCCUUUCUAGCUGGAGCCGCUGCUGGUUUAUCUGUCGACAUCAGUCUCUUCCCAAUUGAUACAAUCAAAACCCGUGUACAGAGCGCCCAACACGGCACUCAAGUGGUGCCUACGCCUCUUCGACUGUUUGCUGGUUUACCGGCAGUUCUAGUGGGCUCAGCACCUGGCGCCGCCAUCUUUUUCUUGACAUAUGAAGCGGUCAAAUUUGGCACCCACUCUUCAGGAUGGAGACCAAUAUAUUCUUGCACUCUAGCAGCUUGUAUCGCUGAAGUGACGGCGUGUGUUGUCCGUGUGCCGUGCGAAGUAUUGAAACAACGAGCUCAGAGUUCUCACGCCUCUAUUCGAACUAUCUUCUCGGGAACUUUGGGCGCUGAAGGUGUUCGUGGACUUUAUCGUGGAUAUCUCAGCACUGUCCUCCGUGAAGUCCCUUUUUCUUUUAUCCAAUUUCCCACUUGGGAGUGCUUAAAGUUUUGCGCUCGUCGGUGGAACGAAAUACACAGUCAUUCCGCCUUAUCAUCCACGACGUUCACUCGUCCUGGUGACUUGACCUUUUGGCAGUCCGCCAUCUGUGGCAGUCUGUCCGGGGGAAUUGCUGGCGCAUUGACCACUCCUCUGGACGUUGCAAAGACAAGGAUCAUGCUGGCCAAGGUACACCUGAAACAGUCACUGUGACCGACACCGUUUUAUUGGACUCUGUUCCAUUUCUCUUCCUUGCUAUCGUUUAGGCUCGUCUCCUUUUGCUACCAGGCAUCUUACAUCACGAGAGCAGGAAUAGCCCCUUUAUGUUUAGUCCCCUUUCUGCCCACUUCACAUGUCUGAUUAGUUCGAAGAUUCUACUUAACCUAUCAUAUUUUGAGGUGGUUUUUUGCUUUGUCGGUCAUGAAACUCAGCAUGCUGAGCACACACAUCCGUCAACAAUUGUCGUACCAUAUCGACAUUAUUCUUCAGCAC